GGUCCGGCCCGCAGGGCCAUGAAGCUGCAGGCUGUGAUGGAGACGCUCUUGCAGCGGCAGCAGCGGGCACGCCAGGAGCUGGAAUCCCGGCAGCAGCCACCUGUUGACACCUCUGCUGGACCUGCAGCCCGAGUUCGGGCUGCUGUGGAUGUGGACAGAGAGCCCGAGAAUGCACGAAUGCAGCGGGCCCAGAUGGCUGCAUUGGCAGCCAUGAGGGCAGCAGCUGCAGGCCUUGGACAUUCACCCAGCCCUGGUGGCUCAGAGGAUGGGCCCACAGGCUUGGAGCAUGAGGACACUGCCCGAGAGGGAAUACCAGGCUCACCUACCCUGCCUAGCCGAGGCAAGGAAGGGCCAGGAGAUGGGCACUUCGAAGACCUGGGCUCUGACGAGGACCUGAAGCCAAAAUGGGAAGAGGAAGAGGAGCUUGAAGAAGAACUGGCAGAGGAAGAAGAAGAGGAGGAAGAAGAGGAGGAUUAUGAGGAAGAAGAGGAUGACGAGGGGCUGGGCCCUCCAGGCCCUGCCAGACUGGGCUCUGCUGCCUUGUUCCCCCGAAAGGCUCAGCCACCUCAGGUUUUCCGUGGUGAUGGCCUUCCCAGGGCUCUGGGGAGUCAGGAGCGGCAGGGGUCUGGCUCUGCCCACUCUGGAGGGGCCACCCAUGUGGCCCCCCAGCUACAGCCACCCGACCAUGCAGACUGGACCUACGAGGAACAGUUCAAACAGCUCUACGAACUUGAUGGGGACCCCAAAAGGAAAGAAUUCCUGGAUGACCUAUUCAGCUUCAUGCAGAAGCGAGGGACGCCUGUGAACCGUAUCCCCAUCAUGGCCAAGCAGGUCCUUGACCUAUUCAUGCUGUAUGUCCUGGUGACAGAGAAGGGAGGCCUUGUAGAGGUCAUCAACAAGAAGCUGUGGCGUGAGAUCACCAAGGGCCUCAACUUGCCCACAUCCAUCACCAGCGCUGCCUUCACUCUGCGCACCCAAUACAUGAAGUACCUGUACCCCUACGAGUGUGAGAAGCGGGGUCUCAGCAACCCCAAUGAGCUCCAGGCAGCCAUAGACAGCAACCGGAGAGAGGGCCGGCGCCAGAGCUUCGGAGGCUCCCUGUUUGCCUACUCACCUGGUGGGGCACAUGGCAUGCUCUCCUCACCCAAGCUGCCUGUGUCCUCCCUGGGCCUGGCUGCCAGCACCAAUGGCAGCUCUAUCACCCCAGCCCCUAAGAUCAAGAAAGAGGAGGACUCAGCCAUCCCUAUUACGGUCCCUGGCCGCCUGCCUGUGUCCCUCGCAGGCCACCCUGUGGUUGCAGCCCAGGCAGCAGCAGUGCAAGCAGCAGCUGCCCAAGCAGCUGUGGCAGCACAGGCAGCUGCUCUGGAGCAGCUUCGGGAGAAGCUGGAGUCUGGGGAGCCUCCUGAGAAGAAGAUGGCCCUGGUAACUGACGAGCAGCAACGGCUCAUGCAGCGAGCUCUGCAGCAGAACUUCCUGGCUAUGACAGCCCAGCUGCCAAUGAGCAUACGGAUCAACAGCCAAGCCUCCGAGAGCCGCCAGGACUUAGCUGUGAACUUGACUGGCACCAACGGCAGCAACAGUAUUAGCAUGUCUGUUGAGAUUAAUGGCAUCAUGUACACAGGAGUGUUGUUUGCUCAGCCACCAGCCGCCAUGUCAUCCUCAGCUUCCAACAAAGGCAGCAGUGGAGGUGGCAGUGGUGGCGGCUGUAGCAGCAGUGCUGGUGGCGGCGGUAGCAGCGGGAGCAACACAGGCAGCCGGGGAGGAAACAGCGGGACCAGCAGCAGUGCGGGCAGCCAGGCUGGGCCAGCAGGGUCAUCUGCAACCCCCACAUCUUCUACCUCAAAUAAUUCUACAUUGCCUUAACCGCCUCACUUCCCACCUGCCACCUUCUAGGAGCCCACCAGACUGGGAUCAAGGGGAUCAAGGUGGGCCAGGCAGGGGCCAGGAUGGCGGAAGAUACAUACGGGUGGGGAAGGAAGAUAUCCACAGAGGAGCCACAGCUGACGCCAAAAAGA